AACCUCACUCUUAUGGGAAUUUGCACUUCGCAUAGAUCCAACUCAGAUCACAAAGAUAACACCCUCACUUCAGAACCACAAUUAAGUUAUAAAUCUUAGAUUCAACAAAUGAAGUCCAUAUAUCUUGAUGCCGACUAAUUGCUGUUAGAUGAAAUAUCAAGCGAUGCCGAUCAGAUGGCUUAAGAAAAGGAGAAACGUACUUUCGUACAGAGAGAAGUCCCAAUAUAAUUGCUCUCUGAAAAACCAACAAAAACCUAUAAAUUAGUUUUCGAUUCCUUGUCUAAUUUGCAUCGAAAAGUUCCUGUUCUUUCGUCGAAUGAGAACUCAAUUAUUCAAAAAAGGAAAAGCCUAUAGCAAUUAUGAGUUAAUAAAUUUUCAAAUGAAUUCAGUCAUACAGAG